UGUGGUACCAUCUACCUGGAUAGUUGAAGGCAGCCAGAUUUUAUAUUGACCAUCAAAAGUUGAUGCUCACAAUGCCUUAACUAGUCGAGAAGACCCAGACCCCAAAUCAUGGAGAAAAUUUCCAUUGAUAAAAGUAAAAAUAGCUUCUGACAGUUACGAGGAAUGUGAACAGUACCAGCUGACAUCAGCAGUAGACAGUGACAGAAGCAGCAGUGACCUGGAUGGGGAAGAUGGUUUGACCUUGCGUGGUAGGAAGAAACGUAUGAAGAAAGCUCUGCCAAAGGACUUUAUUAGUAGUCAGGAUUUGGAUUGUUCACACUUUGCCUCAGGGCCAUCUUUACAAGUAACAGUUGCUCCCCCCCCACCACAAAAGGUUGUCACAUACAACCAUCAACACAAAGGCUUGCCAAGUGCAGCAAGAAAAAAAUCUGAAAAGACAUAAUUCUGACAGAUGUGAAAGUAACCGGCAAAAGAAGAGUAGUUACCAACAGCAAGAUGAAGGCAGUCAGCCUGAUACCCUACACGGCAGUUUGGACCUUCAUGACAACCACAGCCUAAGGAACAGAUCUGACCGACAGACGAGACAUGACAGCAGUGACCAACAAAGCAGACAUGACAGCAGCGAUUGACACAACAGACAUGACAGCAGCGAUUACACAGCAGACAUGACAGCAGUGACCGACACAGCAGACAUGACAGCAGUGACCAACACAGCAGACGUGACAGCAGUGACCAACACAAAAGACAUGACAGUCGUGGCCGAUGCAGCAGACUUGACAGCAGUGACCGACACAACAGACAUGACAGUCAUGACCGACACAACAGACAUGACAGCAGUGACCGACGCAGCAGGCAUGACAGUCAUUACCGACACAACAGACAUGACAGUCGUGACCGACAUGACAGCAGUGACCGACGCAGCAGGCAUGACAGUCAUGACCGACACAACAGACAUGACAGUCGUGACCGACAUGACAGCAGUGACCGACGCAGCAGACAUGACAGUCGUGACCGACACAACAGACAUGACAACAGUGACCAACGCAUCAGACAUGACAGUCGUGACCGACACAACAGACAUGACAGUCGUGACCGACACAACAGACAUGACAACAGUGACCAACGCAGCAGGCAUGACAGUCGUGAUCGACACAACAGACAUGACAGUCGUGACCGACACAACAGACAUGACAACAGUGACCAACGCAGCAGACAUGACAGUCGUGACCGACGCAGCAGACAUGACAGUCGUGACCGACACAACAGACAUGACAACAGUGACCAACGCAGCAGGCAUGACAGUCGUGACCGACGCAGCAGACAUGACAGUCGUGACCGACACAACAGACAUGACAACAGUGACCAACGCAGCAGACAUGACAGCAGUGACCAACGCAGCAGGCAUGACAGUCGUGACCGACGCAGCAGACAUGACAGUCGUGACCGACACAACAGACAUGACAACAGUGACCGACGCAGCAGGCAUGACAGUCGUGACCGACACAACAGACAUGACAACAGUGACCGACGCAGCAGGCAUGGCAGUCGUGACCGACACAACAGACAUGACAGUCGUGACCGACACAACAGACAUGACAACAGUGACCAACGCAGCAGACAUGACAGCAGUGACCGACAAGGGAGCGAUUGGAUUCAGAAUCUGUCUAGUGAAGACCUUGAUGAUGUUCAACCCUUGAACCAAGAAGAAAACCGUCAGAGUGGAUUUCCUAUGGAUUGGGCAAAAUACCAGAGGCGAGUCAUUCAUUUGUUGCUGGAUAUGAGGACCUCUUUGCAUACUCUUACUGGCUCUACACCAAGUGACAAUGAUAUAUCAAUUCAACAGCUGGACUCUAUGGAGGAUGCAGAGGCAUUUGAAAAUGAAUUGUGAACACCCUCUUUUUGCAAAGAAAUGACAGAAAAAUUUGUCCACAUAGGUGGAAUUUCAGUGAAGGAUAUGAUAUCAAAGGUAUUGUGCAGCAUUAUGUCGAAGAAGUUGAUGUGUAAGUACAACAUGUAUGGACAACGGGGCAAAGUAGCUUUUAAAAAUACAAGAUUGUGAAGUGUCAUCACAGACUGUUAUGAAGAAAUUCAGAGAUGUGAGUUUAACAGAAAUACAGAAGAUGAUUGUAACACAAUUGUGUAAUGCCCCAAAAAUGAAGUAAAGUGGAAACUAAAUCAUGUAGGGUAGUGGGCAAAUAGUGAUGCUGGGUCAGGGGAUACCAUAAAAUCAGGUAACUUCAGACAUUUUUUAGGGUUUUGGCCUAUAAAUUCUUGUAGAACUACGCUAUUUGAAACCUGUCCUUACUGUGAAAACUGUUCUAUGAUCUGUCCAACAGUUUGGUUAGACUCAGGAAAACUGUUGAUACCCACAUUUUUAUUCCAGGUACGGUGUGCAAAAAAAUGUAGCAACAAGAUAUGUGUAUUCUCAAAGCAUGAACAGAAAUUUGUAUUAGUAAUUAAGAGCCACACCUGUAAUAUCAAGGCAUACUGUGUAGAACAGUCCUUGAGUUAGGGCUGAGGAGGUAAAACUAAAAUCUGAAAUCUGCCACAAAAUGGUUGUUGAUAAUGAAACUGGCUUUAUAAUGCUACCAAGAACUCAGCUGGAGUCGAAGUCAUGGUAACUUUACUGCCUCCUUCCUGCCUCCUUUCACCCACUAUUGCUGUGACUUGACUGCAGGCCUGCCAUGAAUAACAGCAAAUUGUGAAAAUGAUGAUGUACAGUAUUGUAUUGUGGCUUUUCUUUCUCCUGAUGGAUAUUAAAUUUACAUAGUAUUAUAUUGUAUUGUGGCUUUUCUUUCUCCUGAUGGAUAUUAAAUUUACAUAGUAUUAUAUUGUAUUGUGGCUUUUCUUUCUCCUGAUGGAUAUUAAAUUUACAUAGUAU